AUGACCCCCCCGGACGCUGCCUCCAGGGAAGCGCUGCAGUUUUGGGGAUACCUGUUCAAGGAAGAUAAUCGCGGCUCCGACCUGCUGAAUAGGCUGCUCGACGGCAUUGCAAACUAUGUGACCGCCCACUUCCCGCCAACUCCCGACUGCGCCGAUAUCACGCCCGCCCAGCUGGCCGCUUUCUACAAGGCCGUCGGCGGUGACUAUGACAUCCUCUUCCUCAAGACGCAGGCGCCCGAUCUUGCUUUCAUUUACAAGAAUCUCGGCUGCCUGCAUUCUCUCCAGCCCGCGCCCGAGAGCAAGGGCUUCGACAGCCCCGCCAUCCCUGCCCUGAAGCCCAAGGGUUUCGUUACCUGGCAGACGAUACAGCUCCUGCUAGGCCCAGAUGAACAUGUUCCCUUUUUGCAGAAUGCAGUGGAGCGCUUCGACAUUGUGGACCCUGGGACGAAGGGCGUAUUCCCCAAGCUUUUGCCGAAGGAAGCCUUCCCAGACAAGCCGGACGAGAAGAUGGAAAGGUGGUACCAGGAAGUAUCAGAGCGGCUGAGAAAAGAAAUGGAAGAGGGGCAGGAAGAGCAGCACCAGCACGAGCAUGCCGCUGAUCAAGGCCGCAGUAACAGCCCCGGCCCUGAUCGCAUCUCGAGCGACUUAUCCGAGGAGUCGAUGGACGACCACGCCGGCGCGGCUGAGUAUUUUCGUGACCCGUUGUACCGCAGGGGAGGUACAAGGCCCAGGGUUGUCCGUCGCUACAGCCGGAUCCCA